CAUGCACGUCUUUUUUUGCUUUGUGUGAUGAAAGAGUUUUGUACAUUAUGCGAAGCUUACGAAGUAUUAUGUACGCACCCCCUGAGGCCAGGUGGGCCUGAUUUUUUGUUCGCGAGUCGCGACCUGCUAACAACUUCGCGUGUCCUUUUUUCUCCCCAUAACUGCUCACCAGAAAUUCUGAGAUGGAGGACAAAGACAAGUUUGAUAAAUACCUCAUCCAAACACUGGAGCAACUGGUCGGUGCGAAAACAGAAGCUACCGCCCUGAGCGAGAGAGUCGCCACACUACAAGAUGCAGCGAACGAACACGACCGGUUGAGUGCAUUGAAGGAAGAACAAAGUGAUAAGCUUCGUGACAGAAUUGCAAAACUUGAGAUUGAUAAAAUGCAGAUGCAGAACGCGAAUGCAGCCCUGCAACUUGCAGUGAAAGAUCGCGAUGCGUUACACGGAUCAUUAGAAAUGUUCAGGGCGGAUGCUUCCACGCAGCGGGAGAGGGCUAACGCACUGGGACAACUAGUUCGUGAGUUGGACGAAGAAAAAAAAGCUUUGACCCGUAAGCUUCAAGCUGCUGCACAGGUUGUGCGCGUGGAUGUUGGCGUGAACACGGAUCCUCUCCCGUCUCUUCGUAGCACGCCCAACAAUGCCAUUUUGCCAGUCGCACGAGGCCAGCCAACGGCUGGGCCAUCUCGCGUCCACAACCUGAAGGAAGAAGGAAAUACGAAGGCAGAUACCUCUACAGGACAUCAUCCCUCUCAAUUACCACCUACUCGGAAGAAAGCUAUCGAAGAGGCACCUCAGAUCAUCCCUGACCUUGCCAAUGGUGAAAUUACAAAUUUCACUCGACCUUUCCUCACAAUGCACCUCGGUGGAGGGUCACAAUCUCUCAUUGUAAGCAUAGCAAUGCAAAAACCUCUGGCGGUCAAAUUCGGUAUAACAAGCUACCUUUGCCCAAAUUUGUGGGAAAACCCUUGGUGUCCAACAAGCCCUGGCGAGGCCGGGUACAUGUUCGUUGGCUUAGGGGAGGAGAUUCAUAGGUUUGUCAAGCCGGAGGUACACGAGCUUUUUGUCGGGCUUGCAAAAACUAAAUACAUACUUAUGGGCCGGUAUGAGGCCCAUCGUGUUGAACCGUUGACCGUGGAUGAAUGGCUGACGCUCCCGGAGAAAGUUCGAUCCAAGUACUGCGAAACCACACAACGAAAAUCGAAAGACUCACGUUCCGUAGAGGGCCUAAGCGCUGCUUAUGAGGCCGGUGAACUACGCGCUCCCUGCGUCAAAUUAACAUGUCUUGAUUUCAAGGAGGACCUCUACAAACAACUGAAGGCACAAAAAACGGGACAGCAUAACGUGAGCUCCGCGUCAUCCCGGCGUUCGUUUAAACAAGAAUUUCCUGUCACGCGCUCGUCACAAAAACGCCGUCGCAUUGAAGUCAUUAACAUUGACGAGUUCAUGGACACUGACAGCGACCAUUCCGUAUAAGUACCAGGUCACACUUCCAAGAUUGCUCACUUACAUAAUUCGGCGAUUGUUCAUCGGAACGUUCAUCGACUGCUAAUACCUACAUACCAACUCUAGUCCACAUCGUACAAGGCCUAAUAACGCUGUAUCAUAGCUUCGAUUCCAUUUUCCCCUUGGCCGUAUUUGUACAAACCGUUGAAUCGCGAAAAUCGGACAGACAUCUUGAACAAUGCCAGGUCGUCAUCGCGAGUUU